GGUUAGAACUUUGCCGAGGACGAGUCAAAGGCUGUCAGAAAGAGAAAGAACGAGAAAGAACAUCUCUCACUUGUCAGCUGCAAUUGACAGCUUUCUCGACCAAGAAUUUGACAAGACACGUAAGUCAAUUGCGAGAUACUCGAGAUGGCACAGGAGGCAAAUUUGUUGCAUUGUUAUCAUCGCGGUUGCGGGAAAAAGUUUGAUCCGAAUGACAAUAAGGAUGAUGAUUGUGUUCACCACCCUGGACAUCCAGUGUUCCAUGACGCAUACAAGGGAUGGUCAUGUUGCAACAAGAAAUGUACAGAUUUUACUGAAUUCUUGAACAUCAAGGGUUGCACCAAGGCGAAGCAUUCGAACGAGAAACCACUGGAACCAGAGAAACCACCUGUCGACAAAUCCCAAGCUGAUAAAGUCAUAGAAGUUACUUCUAAGCCUCUGAAUAAUGGAAUUUCUUUGGAAAGACCAUCCUUUGACACCACUCAAUUGAUACUGUCGCCAGUGAUAUCUCCUGCCUUGCUAGAACAAAUUAAAGGGCUGACAGCUUUAAAACCUGACAAACCGGUAGAGGGCAAAGUACAAGUCGGACAAAGUUGUAAAAAUAAUUCCUGUAAGGGUACUUAUGCAUCUGCCGCUUCCGAUGAGGAAGUUUGUAAUUAUCACCCUGGAAUGCCCAUCUUCCACGAAGGAUUGAAAUACUGGUCCUGUUGUCAGAAGAAAACGACGGAGUUUUCUACAUUUUUGGAUCAACGGGGCUGUACGCAAGGCAAACAUGUCUGGAUUUCCAAGAAUAUGGGAAAAAAGAUCCAAUGUAGGAUGGACUGGCAUCAAACUGUAACUUAUGUGUUCGUUUCUAUAUAUGCGAAGAAGUAUCUGCCUAGUCAGUCCAUCAUAAAACUAAAUCCUGUUCAUCUGACCGUGGACUUAUUCUUCAUAGAGGAAAAUUCAACGUACAAUCUCGAUGUAGAGCUGAGUGGAAUUGUCAAUGUCGAGAAGAGUAGUGUCAAUAUGCUGCCAACUAAAGUAGAAAUUAAAUUGAGAAAGGCUGAAGCUGGUUCGUGGUCAAAACUGGAUAUUCCCAGAGAACCGAAAUCAAAACUCUCGGAUAGCAAAGAAAAUAUUAAGAAUCUUAAUACAUACUGGCGCUUCACGGAUACAGGCAGUCGGACGUACUCUUCAGUGGCAAGUUAGGGGCGCUGAGAAAAGGAUUUAAAAAGGAGAUAGAAUUUACAUUCAUAAGAGCACCGCACAAUGUCCCACCCAUAAACGAGACUAAUGAGAGUGAAGAGGAUGCAACUGAAAAAGG